UGGUCCACGGCGAGCAGAACGAGAUGGCCCGUCUGAAGGCGGCUCUGAUCCGCGAGUACGAAGACAACGACGAGGUCCACAUUGAAGUCCACAACCCGCGAAACACAGAGACCGUCACGCUCAACUUCAGAGGAGAGAAACUGGCAAAGGUAAUGGGCUCUCUGACGGACAGGAAGUGCACUCAGGGUCAGAGAGUCUCCGGGAUCCUCGUCAAAAGAAACUUCAACUAUCACAUCGUGUCGCCCUCCGACCUCUCCAACUACACAGAUCUGUGUAUGAGCACUGUGACGCAGACUCAGGCCAUCCCGUACACCGGACCCAUCUCUCUGCUCGUCAGCCAGCUGCGCAGCCUCGCAGGUAUUUAACUACAGACACAUUCAUCAUCAACUACAGACACGUUCAUCAUUUAACUACAGACACAUUCAUCAACUACAGACACAUUCAUCAUCAACUACAGACACGUUCAUCAUCAACUACAGACACAUUCAUCAUCAACUAC